AUGGCGUCCGGCUGCCCCGGAAGAGCUUGGCGCGCUGGAGGCGCCCAACAUGGCGUGGCGGUGCUGGGCCCACGCCUGGGGCCCGCGGCCGCACAGGUACCCCCAGGCCGGGCCGGGGAGAGGAGCAGGGCGGGCGGUCGCGGCGGUACUGACGGUCUGCGUCUUUUCCCCCGCAGGCUGACGGUGCUGCUGGAGCAGCGGCAGGGCUUCCGCCGGGCGAGGCCGCGGUCCGAGGAGCCCCCAGCCGUCACCGCCGCCGAGGCGCGGCCAGGCCCGCCGGACCGCCGCCGCAGCCUCUGCCCGCCGCCGCCGCCGUCCCGCGCCGGCCGCCCCUCGGCACGCCGCCUCGUCAAGCCGUUUCUGUUCGCGGUGGGGUUCACAGGCUCUGCCUUCGGAUCCGCCGCCAUUUGGCAGUAUGAGUCGCUCAAGUCGCGGGUCCAGAGCUAUUUUGAGGAAGCCCGAGCAGACUGGUUCGAUAAAAUGCGGCCGCAGAAGAGGGGGGACUUCAGGAAGCAGGUUAACAGCUGGUGGAAUAGCCUGACUGAGGGUCAGCGGACUGUGACAGGUAUUAUAGCUGCAAAUGUCUUUGUAUUCUGUUUAUGGAGGCUGCCUGGUAUGCGACGGUUUAUGUUUACAUACUUCACCUCAGAUCCAUCCUCCAGAGCCCUGUGUUCUCCCAUGCUGCUUUCUACAUUUAGUCACUUUUCUCUGUUCCACAUGGCAGCAAAUAUGUAUGUUUUAUGGAGCUUUUCCAGCAGCAUUGUCUCUCUUCUGGGAUGCGAGCAGUUCCUUGCGGUAUAUCUUUCUGCUGGAGUUAUCUCCACUUUUGUCAGUUAUGUUGCUAAAAUGGCCACUGGAAGGUUUGAACCAUCGCUUGGAGCUUCAGGAGCUAUAAUGACUGUCCUUGCAGCUGUAUGUACAAAGAUGCCAGAAGCAAAACUCGCCAUCAUAUUUCUUCCAAUGUUCACAUUUACAGCAGGAAGCGCACUGAAAGCCAUAAUCGCAUUUGACUCUGCAGGACUUGCUCUAGGCUGGAGACUUUUUGACCAUGCUGCACAUCUUGGGGGAGCCCUCUUUGGGAUGUGGUACGUGACUUAUGGCCAUGAGCUCAUAUGGAAGAACAGAGAACCACUGGUGAAAGCUUGGCAUGAAAUGAGGACAAAGAACACAGGAAAGGGAGGAGGUGGAAGAUCUAACUGAUUCCAAUCCUAGAGAUUCCUUGUGCCCAAGUGGUACAUUACUUGAAGACAUGGGAUUUAAUUGGUUUUCUGCUACUCCACAUGAAGCCUCUAAGGAGCUGAAGUUUCUAAUGUAAAUUACAGUUACAAAAAUGCAUAUCAAUAGAAAAUGAACUCUGACAAAGGCGGAACAAUAAAGGUUUUUAUCCUGUUGCUUUCUGA